AUGAAGAAAUUUAAGAUUUUCAUAAGGAUCGAAGGGCCUACUCUAAGAGAAGGAAAGGCCGACUGUUUCCCACGUCGGCGUCCAACUGUACCGCUGACCACUUUUAAAUCUUUACGUUUUCAGUUUACACUAAAGAAAAGUGCAGCUAACUACUGCACAGGUAGCGGGGUGGUAAAAUGCCCGGACACUCGCGUGUACAUCACAUCCAGCAUACCGAUAUCCGUGAUCGCAAACAACUACCUCAAUAAGGCCGCCGGUGAUAGCUUCACAGUAAUGCCAGUUACGAUGGCAGGUACACAGUACGCUGUAACAGUGCCCGAACCUAAAAGCAGACGGCAAUCCUCCACUGUUUAUUUUGUGGCUUUGGAAAAAGCUACAACUGUCAAUCUGCAAAUUGUGGAUCAAAAGAGAAAGACACAAACGAAUAAAACCAUUACUAUCAGUGCAAGUGCCAAAGAGAUUACUGCUUUCCGGACAGGAUCGGCAAAAUAUCUGUUCGCGUCGGGGAAUGCCGAUUUUCUUAUUAUCGUUGCCGUUCAGUCGCUAGAAAGUCCAUCAGCCGGGAAAAGUCUCGAUUUCGGCGCCUACAUGCCAACGCCUGUACUGAGUACUGAUUGUGAUAAUACGGAAGACUACCACAUCUCGAUGUUGGUUUCGUCUACGGACUUUUACGCAGUUCAGCCUACACCUCAAUGCAAGUGCAAAAUUAACGUCGUUGGUGGCAGUGAAUAUAAUAUGUCCUACACCGUACCUUCGAAAAUACACAUCCCAUUCGCCAGUUACAGUAGUAACGCUGGUUUUUAUUCCAGGUACGGUAUUUUUUUUCGUGUAUCGUUCAUGAGUUUAAACAACUAUAGAUGUGUAAAAUGA